GCUCUGUUCACAUGCCUCCAGCUGCUCUGAGCUCACGCUGCUGAUUGGACGAGCUCCUACCUGCCAGGUGGAGGUGAAAGCUGCUCCUGUCAUUGGCCAGCAGGACUUAAAUGGGAGCGGUGGGAACUCCUCCUAUUUCCCUGUCUACUCAAAAGAAAAGGUGGCAGCUGCUGCGGAGGGAAAAAGAGAAGGAAAUGCACAAGUAGCGGAUGUCUGCAACACACUUCAGGGAGGAGAAACAGCUGAGAGAGUCACAGAAUUACGACGCGUGUUCCUGGCAAACUGCAGAGACAGAUUGAUCGCUCCGACCAGACGUACAACAAAGAUGGCCUCCGCCGCUCAGUUCAGCCGCAGACAGUGGGCGUCCCAGUCACUGAGGGUCACCGCCAAGGAGCUGUCCAUCAUCUCCGCCCGGGGGAAAAAGAACGCCAUCGCAGAACGCUUCUCAAAGUACCAGAUGGCAGCAGAGGAGGGGAAUGCAGAGAAGAAGAAAGCGGUCACAGAACCUCUUCCCUCCACACUGCGCAGCGGGAAUCUGAGUCUUUUAAAGAAACGCUGGGAAUCACAACAGCAGUCAUCCAGCCUAAGAGCCCAACCUCAGGCCUGCAACCCUCAGACCCCCAAACCUGCACCCACAACGCACACCUGGAACCACGCCGACACCCUGAGCACCGCCGCACCCUCACAGGACCAGAACAGCGACCAGGAGACGCAGCUUCACUGUGAGUCCAGCUCCAACCAGCUGCAGUCGGCUCUUCCCGGGGAUCUGAUCAUGGAGGAGAAGCCCAGCAGAGAGUCUGAGGAGCAGGAGGGAGUGGCGGCAGCUGAGGUACCCGAAUGUGAGAAGCCCAGCGUCCCCCUCAACAGCCUCAAGAUGAUGUUUGAGAAGGGAGAGCACCUGAGCGACAAGGGGUCCAGAGACCAACCGAGAAGAGGAAGCCUCGGUAACACUGCCAACAUGGACCAGCUACUAGGAGAUGGAAGUCUUGCAGAGUCCACUCCUCUCCGAGACCGGAUGGCUCUUUAUCAAGCGGCCAUCUCCAAACAGGAAGUCACGCCCACCUCAGUCAGUGGUGAUCAGCUGGACAGUUUCUGUGGAAAGCAGAAGGAGAACGUUCCUCCGUGCUCUCUGGACAUGAGUUUUGAGGGUGACGCAAACGGCAGGAAAGGUUUUACCUCCGAGGGCAACGGCUCCACCAACGGCACUCCUGUAUCCAGUCAGAAAGACUCCUCUCAGCCCAAGACCCCCAAAAACUUCCGGCUGCCUGUGAGGGAGACGUGUGUGACGUGCCUGAAGACGGUGUAUCCUCUGGAGAGACUCGUGGCCAAUCAGCACGUUUACCACAGCUCCUGCUUCCGCUGCUCACACUGCAGCACCAAACUCAGUUUGUUGAACUACGCCUCGCUGCACAACAACGUCUACUGCAAGCCGCACUUCUCCCAGCUCUUCAAGGCCAAAGGCAACUACGACGAGGGCUUCGGCCACCGCCCCCACAAGGAGCUGUGGGAGAGCAAAGUGGACAGUGCGGAGACCUCGCCUCAGCCCAAACCCAAGACCCCAAGCCCGGUGUCGGACGAGGAGCACCCCAGCGUGGAGGACUCCCCGUUGGCUAAAGUCAACGUGCUGACCGCCACUAUGGAGGCUCUCGGGCAGGGAGCGGCAGAGAAGUCCGACAGACCCACCGAAACCCGUCGGCUGAAGAUCUCCUGGCCUCCUCGUACGGAGCAGGAGGAGUCGAGCGGCCGCAGUGGAGCCGCCACAGAGGAGGGCUCCCCAGGGAAGUCCGUCAAAGCAAAGUGGCCCCCAGAGGAGGAUUCCCUUCCUGAGCAGCCUAAAGAGGCCCCUUGUCUGCGCCGCACCUCCUCUCUGAAGGAGCGCAGCAUGCCCUUCACUCUGGCAGGACAAACUCCAGAGGUGAGGGAGCAGAGUCCUCCUCCUGCAGACAACGGAGAUCGGAGUCCUGAACCUGCAAGCAUGGAGCUGCAUUCCCCAACUGAGGAGGCGCUCACCAGCUCAGGGGAAGAAGAGGAGGAGCAGGAGGCUGAACAAAUGCAAGAGCAGAAUUUCACCAGAGAAGAGGAAGACACCCCGGAAGAAGAACCUGAGGAAGAGGAGAAGAUGGAGGAGGAGGAUGUGAUGGGGGAGGAGAUGCCGCCUCAGAAACAGGAGGAGAUGAUCUCGUCUCCUGAAGGCGAGGUGGAGGCCAGUCGCUCCUCUCAGGAUGUCGGGUUCUGGGACAGCGAGGAGGUGGAGGAUAAGGAGGAGGUCCAGCAACAGCGGCAGGAGGAGGAAGAGGAGGGGCUGACGGUGGAGGAUAUGAUCAAAAGAAACCGAUACUACGAGGAGGAAGAGGAGGCGGAGGAUGUAUAAAAUGAUCAGGAUGACAACAGUUGACACUCUGAGGACUUUCCUGCUUCUUCUUUUUUAGACGUUUUCUUCUCUUCCUAAAAGAGCGUCGCUGUGUGAACUCUACUGAACUUUGUGCCUCUUUUUGAAACCUUUAAAGCCAUUCCUACCAUAACUUUUUUACAAGACCAUGUCGCUCUGACAUCAUUUGCUUUUUAAUGUAAAAUAUUUCAACUCAAGCCCCAUGUAAUGAAUGUUUUUAUGUCCAAAGGUUAUGUGUAAUCUUCUGUUUUCAUUAAGUACCUCUGGACUGAAACUGCUGUUUCAUGAAACAAUGGUAUUAUCCCGUUAUACUAUGAUGUAGGAUUGUUACAGCUAAUGUAGCUUCUUAACGGACUCACUUUUAAUAAUAAAUCCAAAAGAUGCCACUGUGUGUUUUAGAAAAGCCCAGCACUUUGAUCUGUUACCAUUUUUCCAAAACAAGUCGUUUGGUUUGGCAAUUCCUGUGAAGAAAACAUCUUUGCCACUUUCUUUUCUAUUCUUUAUGUACAUGUUAAAUUCAAAAAACACCUUGUUACUUUUUUGUUUUACAAUUCAAGAGUUAUAACUGGAUCUGAAUAAUGUUCUGUUUUUUUGUUUUGUUUUUUAAACCAGGGGACCAAAUAACCUAGAUUACUACUGUUUAAAUAAAUUGUUAUAUACAAAAUG